AUGUCUAGCUGAAGGGAGGUGAAGAUGAUCCAAAAGGAUAUGGAACUUAAAUAAUUCAGGUUCUUCUAUUGGAAGAAGGUUUUUCAAGGCCAUCUUUAACAUUAAGAAUUCCUGGGGGUCAUUUUGGGUGAAAUAAGGGAAGGAUGGACCUUCAACACGUGAAGUGUAUCGGAUUUGUUGUGCAGAGGCCAUAGGUAUGGAGUAGCUUGAGUUGAGGGGGGCUCCUAGAGCUUGUGGGGCACCGGUGAUUGGGGCUGGCUGAGGUGCAAGAUAUUGGGUAUGGAGCUGCUGCACAGGUUGAGGGAAAUGUUGAUACUGAUAUGGGGCUGCAUGACUUGGAUGGUGAGCAGAUGGCUGAGGAUUGGUUGAGACUUGAGGUGGAGGUAUAGGCGUUGGAUGAAUGGUAUACGGCUGGAGUGGAGGCCCUUGGGUUGAUUGUAUUUGGCUAUGAGGGCCAUAAGGUGGCUGUGUAACAUUAACACUGAGUGGUACUUGCAUAGACUGUGCUGUUAAUGUUAUAGGAGGGUUGAUUACUGGCCUGGUAAAAGGAGGGUCAGUAGGAGGCAGACUAGCAGUUGUGGGUAUGAAAGGCCCAGAAUGUGACACUGCGGGGGCAAAUCUUUGAGGUUCAGGGUUGGAAUAAGCUUGCUGGAAUGGCACAUUAGUUAGGGAGGCUGAUGGAAGUGGACCUGAUGGUACUUGGAUUGGGGACUCAUUUCUUAAUUGUGGAACAGGAGCAGGUCUCUUAGGUUCACCUUGUGCUGCAGAGAGUGUGGGAGCAUAUGGGAAAAGGGUCUGAACAGACUGAGACAUUUUACCAGGUUGCAAUGCAAGCACUGAUUCUGUUAGGUUGGGUUCAGACAUGGACUUUUCACACUGUGGGGCUGGGAAGGAAGUUACUGGUUGGUUUGGCGAUGAUUGAGUUGUUCGGGGGUGACAAUCCUCUUCAGAAUCUCCUUCUGAGUAGCCAUGUUCAUAUUGUUCGACUCUCUCAUGUAAAUCCUUGAUCAUGCUCUUUAAUUGUGCCACUUCUUGUCUCAAUAGAACAGUCUCUGAGGUUUGUGCAGCAGGUUCUGCACAUUGACUAAAAUGUUUGGGAGGCUGGCCAUAAAGUUCGGUUUGGUAGUCCCGAAGAUACCUGGGAGGCAUUCUCUCUCUUUGUGGCCUUCCUCCGGCCUGACUGCCAUCAUGCCAAACUGAAUUUGGAUCCAUUUUCAAUAUAGAUGUUCUCUCCGGCUCGAAGGACCAUGUAAAAGAUUAUGAUGUUGCUGAUGCUUGCUCAUUGAACAUCCUAUAUUGAGUGCACAUUAAAACACAGGAUCCAGGAUUCAGUUUGACGGUUUAUUUUGCUCGUCUUCAGUGGAUGAUUUUUUCUGUACAAUCAAAAGGAAUAUAAACAAGAUGUAUCAACAUAAAAUAUUACAAAAAAGGGGGGACUGAUAAAGUCAAAUGAAUUAUAAAUUGGUUAACUAAUCUUACAUCAUAGAUGCAUCCACUUCAGGGCUUAAAUCAAUACAUAUGCGUUUUAGGGCAACAGGAAUCUAAAGAAAUAAUAUUUGAGGAUAAACCAUAUUAGAAACAAUACAAAUAAGGAGAAUACAACAACAUUUGUUAAGGCUUUGUCCGUUUCACACUCACAGUCAGAUUCUCUUUGUUCAGUGCUGCUCUUGUUCAGGAUGCAAAAGGGAGAGCAGGCCUGAGGGCUGGCUUUUAUGGUGUUGGGGGUGUGGUUUGGCCUUGAGUGACAGGGGAGUCAGGUAUGGAGAUGGUGAGGUGAAAAUUUGGGAUUUAACACUAUGGUUGAAAAACCCGACGCAGUAUUGAAAGCAGAUCACGUAGGAUUAAAUUCCACAAAUAGGAUUGAAAAAUAUAUUUUUUUUAUUUUUAAUGUGUGACAUUGUCCUGUAUUAUUGCUACAUCCCUGCCGUUGUAACAAACCAAACAGUUUGAAAAUCGAGCAGAGAUUCAGAGAGUUAUUAUCAAUAUGGUUGGGCAUUCUUACUUACCUUAAUGCACUGGAGGGACACGGGGGACCCAUCCAAGAUGGCGGCCGCGCCGAUACGAGAGCUCCAAAAGGCAGCGUCAGGUUUUGAGGCGUCUACGUAUAUAAUGUCUAUGCGCACAACGACGCGUCUACGUAUUUAUGUCUAUGACGCAGACCCUGAAUUGAGACACAGCCCAUUUGCAGUUUGACGCCUCCUACUGUCAACAAGCAGCAGAACAAGGAAGUGGUCAGAGUUACUAGUUCAACCCGUUUGUGCAGAGCCACAUUUUGGGUAGAUAUUCGUCACUAAAGGUAAAUAACCCUACUGAGACAGUCUUUCUCGUAAUGUACUUGUUCAUUCCGUCACCAGAAAAAAACGACCGCUUUUAACUAGGCCUAAAUUUGGUGUCUGGACAUGGCUGCUUGCUAUCGCCUGUCGUUUCACUUUCUGGUCGAAGUUAUGUCAGCAGCAGUGUUCAUGAAUAAAUACUUAACUACGUAGUUAAAAUAUUAGAAACUAUAGGCUACCUCACUUAUUCCGUUUUCAUACUCUUGGGAGGUUACGUUCUUGGUAAAAGAAAGCCUGCACCACAAUAGCAUAUUGUUUCCUUUAAGCUUCGCGCUGAACAGCUUUUCGUUGUCGGCCUCAAUCAGCGUCAUGACAGGGCGAAGUUUACAUGAAAAACUCUGUCGAUAAGUUUCAGACUUACGACCUAACAGAGAAGAAAAUGUAAUACUGUACAAAAUGCGCCUGCCAAGAGGAAAAGAAUUACGUAUGUGUAGCUACCAGUUCAAAUCACUGAGCAAAACGUGUUGUCGUCGUUUUUAGAAACUUUGCACUGCGUAAAAUUUAACUGUGUAAGUGCAAGGAUAUGUGUGUGUCUGUCGGGGCGUGUAUGCGCGUGUUUGUAUAGCGCAAGGCACUUCAGUUAGUAAUGCGAAAUGACAAUUUGAUGCACUUUUUUUUUUAAUUUAUGUCAAAUCACAUGGUUUAGAGCAACUUUCAAGGCUGGACAUAAUAGUCUAAUCUUUCCCCCCCAGCACUUUCCUGUAGUUGUCCAUAAACUUUGCCAGGAGAGUGUACUGUAUAUUUUGUGGAGUGUUGCACAAAAUAUUUUACAAUCUCUUGAUGAUGCUCAAAGGAUAUUGAGGAGUAUACUGUGAAUACAGAUAGUCAAACCUUCCUCCCCCUUUUUUUUAACCGGAAAAUAAUAAAUAUUACCAAUCACAAUUUCCCAAAGCCAAAUUAAGUGACAUUUUCAAAUUUACUGCUACAUAUGAUUUUUUUAGACCAAUAUUUCAAAUUGCACUAAUAACUAUGUAGUGUUAUAUAAAACAGGCAAAAGAGGAGUAAAAAAAUGAUCUCAUGAUUAAUAUUCCUGAAUUAUUUGCCUGUCUUAACAGCUUGAUGGCCUCCACCAUCAGUUGCAGGAAAAUGAGAGAUUCAAUAAAAGCAUGAUAAAACAUAAUCACCAUGUUUUAUCGUGCUUUUAUUGAAUCUAUUUGAUCAUUUUCCUUGGUGUCAUGGUUUGGUCACACAUCCUUGAAGGUGAGAAAUGCCUUAAACCAAAUAGUUAAAUGGUCUUCUCGACUGAUUGGUGAGUCACAGCUUUUUCUGGCAUCCCUGUACACCAAACAGUUACAGUGGAUAGCUUUCUCUAUUCUAAAUGACGACUCCCACCCUUCACACAGCGAGUUCCAGCUUCUUCCCUCUGGACGGAGGUUUCUAGUCCCCAAAUGCAGAACUAAACAUGUCAGAAACAGCUUUGUUCCUGCUGCUAGUAUUGAAGUGAACAGGUUGUAGAGAUUUUGCACAUAAUUUUGCACAAUUAGCACAUACUGCAGAGGUAUUAUUUACUUACUUAUUUAUGUUGGUUUUAAACUUGUUUUUACCUUAGUUUGUAUCCAGAGGUUGUUUAUUUGGGUUAUUUAUUUGCAUUUCUUUAUGUAUUGACGUUUUUCGCCCUCUCAUGUGUCCUGACUGGGGAGCCUUGGGGUGCUUUUAUCAUGUGUUCUGUUUUGUGGUUGUUUAAUUACCUCCGCCAAGGAGGUUAUGGUUUUGGUAGUGUUGGUUUGUUUGUUUGUCUGUAAAGUAGUAGGAAGUAACAGACAGAUUGACCUGAAAUUUUCACCAGAGGUGCGUCUCAGCCCCAGGAGGAUCCCAUUAAAUUUUGGUGGUGAUCCGGAAAAAAUUCUGGAUACUGUGAUCCAGAACACACAGAAAUAAAGGUGUCGUUGGAAUUUUCAAUGCUGAAAGAUAACAAAUGGGCGGCACAGUGGUCGAGUGGUUAGCACUGUCUCCUCCCAACCAGAAGGUCUUGGGUUCGAAUCCCGGUCAGGGCAUUUUUUGUUUAAGGGGGACAUGAGCUGCUUGGCGGAGGUCUGCGCUCUCAGAGUGCUUUUCUAGUAUUUGUACUGUAAUUUGUAUAAAUGGACGUCAUCACUUUAUUUCACUGCAUAACAAAUCUACCUUCGGGUAUUAAUAAAAGUAACCUGAACCUGAACCUGCAGGCAUUUACCCAUGAUAAGAAGGGCUAUCUGUGAAACGGCUUCCACACCUAUUACAGAGGGCCAGGAAGCUGUCAACAAAUUACUAGAUUUGCCAUUCUUACAUGCUCUUGUGUUUUUAAGGAUGUCUUCCGAUACCCUGGAGGAGAGGAUGGUGGAGGUGCUAUUGCUGCCUGAGGAGGUGGAUGAGGAGCUGCUGUGUCUUUACUUUGAGAAUAAACGCCGCUCCGGGGGAGGUUCACUGUUGUCUGUGAAGAAAAAUGGGGAUCAAGCCUUACUGGUGUUUGAAGAGGCAGAGGGUAAGUUGUAACAUUGUUGUCAUCAAUAUUUGUUCGUCUUGGUAUUUUUUUCCUAGAGUUCCUUUCAAAACAUGAAGGGACAGCUGUAGAUUGAUUUAACUGUAAAACCAGCUUUUUUGUUGUCUGUACUUGUAAGAGGUAGUGUAUCUUCAGGGGCUGAGCAAACCAGCUGGAUGUAAACUGGGUCGGUUGUACUGCUUACUUAAGACUUAGCUAAGACUAAAUCUUUGACCCAUACUUACAACAAGUGGACAACGUCUGACUGACACAAGUCAUACGUAAUUGCACCUGAUCAUCUGAUGUGCCCAGAAACAGGCACUGUGAGUGUUGCCAAGUAACACGCUUCUAUCCACUCUUCUAUCCUGUUAAAUAACUUAAUUUGGGUGAACUUCAUUGUGAUGUGGAGGAUACAACCCAAAUCGAGAAAAAUACAGAUACCAUAUACCUUGAACAGACUAAGGCCCGAACUACACGAAUGCGGAUAUAUUUCAUACCGCACAUAUUUAUGUCCGAUUAGGCCUCCCUACCACACCAAAACGGGAGUUUGGAACACUCAAACCGGAUAAAUCUGAAUCCGAAAAAACAAGUGGAGAAAUAAAAAAAUAUCCGUGUAAGUGGAUUCAUGUGGUUAAACUUUUACGGAUCGAUGAUGUCAAACCACAGCUCACACAUGCGAAUUAAAAAGAAAAACAACAACAAAGAUGGCGGACAUACAGGGUAUUCUUUACGUUUGUUUUGCCCUUUUAGGGCUUAUUUCAGCCUUGCAAGUGAACCUUGUUUUAUACAAUUACAUCCACCAGUCAGCCAGCUCACAGGGGCGUCUGCUUCGUUAUAGCCGCCACACCGUCACAUGGAUCCGACGCACUAGCGUAGCUUCCGCAAACAAUGCAUGACGCAUCACGCUGUUACGAUUCAUCGGCCAAUCAGGUAGCUUUGUUCCUGAAUUUUUUUUAAGCGGCACCAGAUAGGAUUGAGUUUGAAGGCUACGUGUGGACGCAGAUAUUUUUGAGAACUAACACGUGUGGACAGAUACAUUUAUUUAGAUGGGAGUACAAAAAUAUCCUGAUAAAUAAAUAUCUAUAUACCUGUAGUCCGGGCCUAACUUGUAUAAUUUUACAUACUUGAGCCUGCUCCUAGGCAAAAAACUCACAGCUAGGUGUAACACAAACAAGGCUCGAGUGUGACUGGCACACAUGGUUUAACUUGAGGUCUGUUGUAACUUUCAGCUCUAAGUCACAGACAAGAGGCAUCAGCUGGGUGUAGCUUGGUGCCUUACAUUAUCCAAACACAUUUAGUUGAAAAAUGUUCUCUUUACAAUGAUACCCCUACUGUUUGUAUACUACUGUGAAAUUACUUAUUUCUUCCUUUAGAGAUUGAACUGAUGAAGUGCAUACUUAGAAAUUCUUUGCUAAAAAAAGAAGCAACAAAUGAAAGUUGUGCAUUAAUAUUCUGUUUUAUACAUUGUACCCUUGGCUUAACCCUUUCUUGUUACUCUUUGGAUUUCGACAGCUGCAGCCAGAGUACUUGCUAGAGGUCACCAUGUUCUGCAUAAUGUUGAGCUGAGUGUGAGAAAGCCAGCCACAAAGGACCCACGUAGACUUGUGCUUCGUGGAAUCAACCCCAACACCUGUACUGAGAUGAUAGAAAUGUUUGUGGAGAAUAUGAUGGGGUUAAAUUUACCCGACUUCAGUCUCUAUCUGUCGCCAGAGAGAGACGUCAUCCUCAUUCAGCUCAUCCAACCCCUCUCUAAAGGUGAAGUAUAGAUUCUUCUUAAAAUACACAAUUUGUUUUGAGAACUUAUUAUGUAUUAGAACCUUUUUAUGACAUUUUAAUUGUUUGUCUGCAGAUUUCCAAAGUAUUAGUGAUAAGGUCUCAAAGAGGAAACUUGAUGGAGCCAUAUUGACAGUGGAACAGGUUGAACAAACGGACUCCAUCUUUGUGGAGAACCUGUGCCCUGGCACCACUUUAGACCUGCUCACUUUGUACUUUGAGAACAAAGGAGGUGGGAAUGAAGGGGUCAAGGAGGUUAUAAGGCUUUCAGAGGGCACAGCCAAGGUGUCCUUUACAAACUAUGACAGUAAGUUUUGUAUGAUAUGACUUUUAAAACAUGUUGAAGUUGACUUUUAAGUUUUCUUGAAUUAACAAAAUAUCUCCCUGUAUUUCUUUUUUGAGCUGUCAACGUGGUCCUUAAUCAACCACACAAACUGGAUGGUGCUGAUCUUGCAGUAAGGCCGUACUUUGACUUUCUCCAACCUGAACAAGGUUUAACAACACACAACUCUGCUGCUGGGGGUCAAGAUACAGCUGAGAUAAACAAUGGGGAUCUGACAGAGAUUCCCAUGCAGACCACUCCUCUUAUUUCUGUAAGCAAAAACAGUCAGUCCCCCCCUGAGAUGGCCUCAGAGCCCCUUGCUGGCUGCGUAGCAGUAGAAGAGGAUACAGUUGAGGUCAUGGAAGAACAAACGCAGGAAAAAGAAGAUCUACCCUGCCAUAUCACCAUCGAUGAUCCAUUAAAACUGGCUUUGUUUCAGCUCAGCCCCUUGAAACAGGACAUUGAAAAGGCUCACCCGAAUUUUACCAUCCAAAUAAAAGACAAUAGUGUGUUCAUCAGUGGUGCUGACAAACUGGAGGUGGAGCGGAUUAGAAGCACUAUCUUGAACUGUUUCGGUGAAAUGGCUGACUGUCAUUUAAAUCUUGAGGGAGAGACAGCUAAUUUUCUUGCAAGGAAAGACGUUAGAGAGCACCUGGUGAAAACGCUGAACCAAACUGGAUUAUUUUCAUCGUACACUGUCUCAGGAUGUAAUGUUGUGGUGACCUCUUUAAGCCAGAACUCUGCUAAUCGGGCAUGCAGCUUUUUAAAAUCUCAGCUGUGCCACUUUAGCAUCCCAGUGAUCCCAGAAUAUGAGUGCAUCAUUUAUUGUAGGGAAUGGACGACGUUUCUGCAGUCCCUGAGUUUUUCCUACGUAAAGCUGUCAGAAGAAGGAAGGAGUAUUGAUGUGAUUACUCUGAAAGAGAUGGAGAGUGAGAAGCAGACUGCAAUCCUGAAGUUUCUUUCUACACCCAUUGAAAGAGAGACGGUCAUGUCUAUGGAGCCAGGCAUGUUGAAAUACAUCCAGAACCACUGUCAUCAACUGUUGGCUGACAUGGACCAAGUGUCUAUUUUUCCUCUCGAAGCAGGAGAUGUUUGUGGGUUAAAGGUUUGUGACGAAUCAGUAUCACAAUUAUUAAUGUCCUAUUUGAUAUACCAUAAAAUCCCAUUUCCUCAAGAGUUAGGACACUGUAAAUGGCUGAACGAACACAUUUUGGUGGUUUGCAAAUGAUCUUAUUAUCACUAUAAAAUCAAAUCUGGCCUAGAUUUAAUUGAAAAUGGUGCAAAGACAACAUAUUAAAUGUUGAGAAUGAAAAAAUUGUAUUAUUAAGACCACACUUUACACUUCAAAUUGGAUGCAACACAUUUCAAGGCAGAAAGAACAGGAGCAUGUUUAUCAUUGUGCUGCAUCCCCUAUUCUUUUAACAAUACUCUGUAUAUUAGAUGAGAUUAGAUUAGAUACAACUUUAUUUAUCCUUUUGGGAGCAGCAUAUGUACAGAAAAGAAAAAAAGAAUGAUCAAAUCAAUCAAUCAAUCAAUCAAAUUUUAUUUAUAUAGCGCCAAUUCACAACAGUCGUCAUCUCAAGACGCUUUUCAAGGAACAAGAGCAGGUCUGGACCACGCUCAUUGUUUGAUGAUCAAGAACCAACCUAAGAUGGGUUUUGGCCCAUCUCAACUAACAUGAGUUACAGUGGCAAGGAAAAACUUCCUUUUAACAGGCAGAAACCUUGGGCAGGACCAGACUCAUGCUAGACAGCCACCAUGCCGCUGCUGGGUUGGGGAGGAAUGUAGAGAGAAGAGGGGAGAGGGGGAGAGGACAGGGGGAGGGAGAGAGACAACAAAAUAGGGGAAAGGCGAGAGAGAAUGAGUAUGGAGAGGGAGGGGGAGGGAGAGAGAGUAGGGAACGAGGGUGAGAGAGAGACAGGAGGCAGCAGGAACAACAGCAACAACAACAACAGCUCAUGUAAUGGUGAAACAAAAAGAGGUUCAGUUUACAGGUUUAGGAUAUGAGUGAUAAUGGACAAUGUUGAAUUAAUUGAGUGCGAUUACAGUUUGCAGGCUUAAUCGUAGUCAGUUCUAUUUUGUAUUAUUAAUGUCAAUAAUGACAGUGAGGCUGAUGUUCAUGUCUGCAGAAACAGUAACAGCAGCAGUCCGGAGGAAUCAGAGAGAAGAAGGAGCUCAGGGCCGGGGGGUCACUGGUCAGUGACUUAUAUGGGACAUAAAGAUCUUAAGAGGAGAUAGUGACAGACUCUAGCUCAGUGUGCCAGACAGCCCCGGCAGUCUAGGCCUAUAGCAGCAAAUAUACAAUAUAUAUAAAGAGUAAAGAUAUAAUAGAAAUUUGAGAUAAACACAUUUAUGUAACAUAAGAUUUCAAGCUCUGGACAAUUGCACAUUACUUUUGCAACAACAACUACUACUUCUGAGAGACUCAAUACAGGAGCUUUAAAGUUGUUUCAGAAUACCUUUACUUCAUCAGAGUACUUUAUCUUUUUAUGAUUAUUCUGUAUGUACCUGACAGAUUCACGGUCCUGCUAUUGCCUGUCAAAUGGCCGAGGAAGUGUUGGAAGGUGUCAUAUCCUCUAUCUGUACCCGAACCAUUACAGUCAAUGUACCUGGGGUUACGCGUUUUUUAACUGAAGAAGAGUGCAAGAGUAUCCUGAAAGAGAUGGAGACAAAGUUUCAGGUCGUCAUCAACCUCAAGCGUGUGAAAUGGGAACCCCUGCCACACCAGGUAAUUAACAAUUGAACAAAGUUUAAGUUUUUCUAUCUUUUGUAUUGAAACUACUUAACGCAGCUCUAUUCCACCAUAUCUUGUUUCAGUUGGCCAGUUACUGAAGCUGUCAGAUCAGUGGCAACAGGCAUAUAAAACAAAGCUCAGGUUUUUAAAAGUUGCACAAUUCACAGAUAAACCAAAUUUAGACUUACAAGUCAGAUAGGGAAUUAGAUCACCAGAUUACCCAUAAAUUGAUAAUGUGUUGAAUACUGUGUAAUGUAUCAAAGAAAUUCUUGUCCUGGUUUGAGACAAAGAACCAGAUUUUACUGUUUUAGUCACAAGUUUGAGUUAAACCUGUUUGCUGUAGAAAUCACCAUAGUUUUUUAGCUCAAAUAUCACAGACUUUGGUUUUAUUGUGACAAAAUGAUAUGAAGUUCCAUGAAAACUGUGCAAUGUAACAAAGAGUGAGGAUCUCAAAACUCCUACUUGUCACAGUAAGCAAGGUGUGUUUGUUUUUUUACUCUGCCUGUUGUCUUAGAUUGGUUAUUCAGGGGUUUCAUUGUAGGUACUUGUGUUAUUCUUCUGCAUCUCACUUAGUGAACCCAUUAACAACUCAUUUUCUUGCAACAAGUUCAUUACACAAUUUUAAAUGGUGUGUACAGUAGGUGAAAUUUUCUUCAUUUUAAAACAGGAAUAAUAUGACAUCUUGUGUCUGGUAUGCUUGUUUGCUUUCUUGCCAUAGACUGGCAGGAUCAGCUAUCAGAGGGUUAAGAAUGUUUCUUCCAGAGUCACAAGUGUUGAGUGUUCAAUAAAACACUGCAUUUUUUUUAUUUCAGGACAUUUUUGAAACUGCAUGGACGAUGAUGUCCCACAAAAACUUCCAGAGAAUGUCUUCAAAUGGUUCUGCAGAUUCAGUGCAAACUGAUCAUAAUGGAACUGCAGACAAAGGACUUGAGGAGGGGAAGUCCCUUUCAGACAGACUGGAUGAUUUGGAUAAUGAGGACCUGUACACAGCAGACGAACCACUCACUGACGCCAGCCAGGAUCCUGGUGCAAUGGUUGUUGAUCCCACAGCUGAAGGAAAUGCCAUUGGUGGAUUAACCAUGCUGAAUGAUGGAGCUCAGGGUCUUUCCACAGACCUUGAAGAAGAGGCUCAGUUGUCUUUGGCCAUACAGCAUUCUAUGGAGUCAAGCCAUUGGUCCAUGGAGGAUGAGGAGGAGCAGCUUCAAAGAGCCCUGGAGUUGUCCAAGGCAAUGGUUCAACAUGAAAACUCAUUUAGUAGUGUUGAUAAGAGCCCCAAAGAGAACAAGCGAAGAAGAAGUAUGGAUAUAUCUAUACAGGAUGCCGUUAAAGCGGCCAACACCGUACAGCUACAUGUGUUUGCUGGUUAUAACUGUGACCUGAUCAGGGUGGACAUAGCCUUUGGGAAGAAGGUUUCCCAGCGACAGGUAGAAGAGAGAGUGGAGCACCGAGCCAUAAAAAACAUGUCUGAAUACCACGAGAACUGUCUGGAGAUGAUCAAAAGGAAGCAUGGAGUCGACAUCCAGAUUCAGGGCACAAUAAUCACUGUUUCAGGUUUCAAGGACUAUGUAUCUGGGGGAAUUAGGGAUGUGAAACUACUGCUAGAAAAAAUGUCAAACCACAUCUCUAACCAGGAAAUCCUCAAAUCUAUCCAGUGGGUGCAUCAUGACCCAGCCUCCAAGAACACAACUCCGUACUCACCAGAUGCUACGGUGUUCAUUGAGAACAUUUGGAGGAGGAAGCUGCCAAAGAUAGAUAUCUUGAUGGACAAGCAACCCCACACCAUAGAUUUUGAGAAGAUGUUGGAAUACAAUGUCGCAUCAGGGAAAUCUGUGAAAAUCUCCAGGAGGAUUGCCAAGUUAGGAGACAUGGAGGAUGACAUACCAGGUAAAAGACACUUUGUAAGCUUCUUUUGAUGUAAUAUUUCUGAAGAACUAUGCCGGUGUGUACAGAGUUUGGAAAUAGACAUGAGCACAACUAGUUGCUUAAAAAUAUCAAGAAAACAAAAAAGCGUUGAUCAAACUAGAAUAUAUUUUAUAAUUUAGAUCUUCAUAGUAGGAAUCUUUUGCUUAGAUAACAGAUUUGCACAACUUGGUAUUUUCUCAGUCAGCUUCAUGAGGUAGUCUCUUGGAAUGACUUUCAGUUCACAGCUAUGCAUUAUCAAGAGUUAAUUGCUUGAAUUUCUUGACCUCAUAAUGUGUUUUAGACCAUUGUGUUGUGAACAGGUAGUGUUGUGAUACCGUGAAUGGCCCUAUUUGAGUACUGUUCUAAUCCAUAUUAUGGCAAAAACUACUCAACUAAGCACAGAAAAACAACAGUCCAUCAUUACCUUAAGAAAUGAAGGUCAGUCAGUCCGAAAAAUUUCAAGAACUUAGAAGGUAUCCCCAGGCACAGUCACAAAGACCAUCAGACAUUAUGAUGAAAGUGGUUCUUAAAAGGACCACCCCAAAAAAGGAAGACCAAAGGUAACCUCUGUUGCAUAGGAUUAAUUAAUCAGUUACCAGCCUCAGAAACCACAAGUCAACAGCACCUCAGAUAAGAGCCCACCUAAAUGCUUCACCGAGUUCAACUUGCACACACAUCUCAAUGUCAACUGUUCACAGAAGACCGUGAAUCUGGACUUUCUGGUUGAAUUGCUGGAAAAAAAAACACUUCUAAGAACGAACAACAAGAGGAAGAAAAUAGCUUGGGCCAAGGAACACAAACAAUGGCCGUUAGACCAGUUGAAAUCUGUCCUUUGGUCUGAUGAGUCCAAAUUUGAAAUUUUUGCCUCUAAUUACCAUGUCUUUGUAAGAUGCAGAAAAAGUGAGCGGAUGGUUCUGAUGUGGUUCCGACAGUUAAGUAUGGAGGAGGAAGUGUGAUGGUAUGGGGAUGCUAUGCUGGUGACACUGUUGGUGAUUUAUUCAAAAUCAAAGGAACACUUCACCAGCAUGGCUACCACAGCAUUCUGCAGUGACAUGCCAUCCUAUUUGGUAUGUGCUUAGUGGGCCCAUCAUUUGUCUUUCAACAGGACAAUGACCCUAAACACACCUCUAGGCUAUGUAAGGGCUAUUUGACCAAGAAAGAGGGUGCUGGAGUGCUUCAUCAGACGACGUGGCCUCCACAAUCACCUGAUAAACCCAAUUAAAAUGGUUUGGGAUGAGUUGGACCACAGAGUAAAGGCAAAGCAGCUAACGAGUGCUCACCACCUCUGGGAACUUCUUCAAGACUGUUGGAGAGCCAUUUUAAGUGAUUACCUCAUGAAACUGAUUGAGAGAAUGCCGAGAGUAUGCGAAACUGUAUUUAAAGCAAAAGGUGCCUACUUUGAAGAAUCUAAAAUCUAAAACAUGUUUUGGCUUGAAUAACAUUUUUAAGUUUAGUAAAUGAUUCCUUACAUCUAAUUGUGAUACUGAUCUUGUAUUCCAUACAAGUCUGGAUGACUUCAGCACUAAUUUACAAUGUAGGAAAAAAUAAAUCAACAUCUUUAUUUGUCCCCAAGGGCGCGAUUGAUUUUGCAGAAGCAGGAGCACACAAGACAGAGUAUACAAAACACAUGGCAUGAUAAAUUACAAAACAUUGCAAAUCACAAUACAGACACAAGAUAAGUUAGUAGGGAAGGCUGUUUAAGUCCGACUACCUUUUCCUCUCGGCAUUUAAAAGAAGAAUGGCAGAACGCACAGAGGAGUGUUUAUCUGUUUGUCUUUGCAAAUGGGAGUUUAAGCAGUGAACCUGAUGGUAAAAACUGAAACUGUUUAUGUAAGGCAUGAGAGCAGUCGGACAAGAUGGAGCUUGCUUUCUCAAUCACCUGUUUGUUGUAGAGUUCUUGUAAAGGUUGUUGUGCAGACCCAAUGAUUUUACUGCUAACACUGAAUUUGAAAACAUUGAAUUUGAAGGUGUUUCCAAAACUUUUGACUGUUUGUACACACACACACACACACACACACACACACACACACACACACACACACACACACACACACACACACUCAUAUAUGAAUACAAAUUCUCAAUUUGAUAAAAAUCACAAAGAACUUGAAUCAUAUGUGGAAAAUUGUAUCUUAUUUUCAGAAGAGGACUACUCUCUGCUGUCAAACCUGCCUGAAGCAUGCAGAGUGAAUGAGGAAUCUGAUGAAUUUCAGACUGUGGUGAAAAAUUUCUAUGAGACCAUACAGGAAUAUCACAGCAAAAUUAGAAUCAUACAGGUAAAAUAAGGUUGUCACAUUGUUGCUUUUGCAACCAAUUAUUGGAGGGGUCUCUUUUAACAGUAAUAUUUUCUCUAGGUAGAGAAACUCAUGAAUCGACUCCUGUACAAUCAGUACAAGCUGAAAAAGGCCAGUGUACUGCAGCGUGCCACAUAUCCUGUGGUUGAACGGACUCUUUAUCAUGGCACAAGUGAGAAGAGUGUAAAAGAGAUCUGCAUUCAUGGAUUCAACAGAAGCUUCUGUGGAAAGAAUGGUAAGUUUUUUAUGUUUUUGAAUUUCUGUCUUGCUUUUACUCUUUUAAUGAGAUGUUUCUCUUGUUUUUAACCAAUAACCUGUUUUUAUGUUUCUUUAUUGUGAUAUUUCUUUGCUUUUAACGUGUAGCCCUUUAAAGUCUCUUGAUGGAAAGGGCACUACAAAAAAAUGUAUUUCAGUCAGGACCACUUUAGUCAAGAUUAAUUAUUUAUCACAAGCGAACAUUUUUACAUUGGCGGUAUGGCUUUGUUCUGAGAGUUUCCUGCCCUUCCAUGUGCUUACAUGGAAUGUCGCAGCUAUAAGAAGGAAGAGCCCCUCCCUUCCUUUUCAUGUGCAAACAUGAUAAGCCAAGGCAGAGACAGCAGCAGCAAAUAAAUACAGUAAAUACAGAAUACAAAUAAAUACAGAACAGAGCAAGCAUCAGUGACAAUGCAUAUGACACUGGUAAUAUUAGACGCAACAUAAACAUGAGGAGCUGGGGUGGAGGUGGGUUGCAGAGUGGUUGCAGCAGGCAGAGUAGGCAGGAGAAGCAGUUUAAAUAGGGCGCCAUUUUGACAUUAGCCAAUAGGAUGUGAAGAGGGUGAUCACCUGAGCUGUCAGCUGACUGAGGGCUGGGUUAAGAUCAGCUGACUGUAGCCUUUAGCUUGAUUCUGUGUCCUGUCUGAACUAUUAUUAUUAUUGUUAUCAUCAGACUCUAUGUCAUCUUUGGCAUGAUAUGCUAAUGUCUUGGUUUCUAUUUACAGCAACUGUCUAUGGUCAGGGGGUGUAUUUUGCUGUCAACUCUGCACUGUCAGUCCAAGAUCAGUAUUCACCUCCAAAUGCAGAUGGACACAAAUUUGUUUUUGUGUCAAAGGUUCUAACAGGAGACUAUACUAAGGGCUGCCAUUCAAUGAAAACAGCCCCACUGAAGGAAACCGGAGACAUACCCCUCAGAUACGACAGCGUGACUGAUGACAUCACAAAGCCAUCAAUGUUUGUCAUCUUCAAUGAUACGCAAGCUUUCCCCGAAUAUCUCAUCACAUGCCAGAGAAUUCACCGCUGAGAAGACAGAUUUAUCGAAACUGAGCAUAAAAUAGAGACACCCCCCCAAUUACUACUGUCUAAUAUAUGUUCCUGCCUUGAAUAAGAAGCACAUUCUUUUCAAAAAGGGCUCAUUUGUUGCUGUGCACAGUUGGUACUUUUAUAAUUGAAGUGCCAGCUUUUUUGUUGUCUGAUCUGUUGCUCCACUUUUUGAACUGAAGUCAAAUCUUAUCUAAAACAAAUUGUCAAGCUGAACAGAAGUCACCCAUUUUAAUGAAGGUAGUUUCUUUGAAUCAUUGUUCUGCACCAUAACAUUACUUCUUCGUUUUACAAAUUAUGUAUGACUCUAAAAUAUAGCAUUUGCUUUAUGUCCUCAUUACUUCUGGGUUUAGGUUAUUAAGUCCUUUUUUAUGAGUUAAGUGCUUUGCUUGAAUCUUUCGAUUUUAUUUCUUUUAUUUUGUCCAUGUACAGGCUAUGUUUACCAAAGUUUUGUUUGAUUGUGUAAAAGAUUUUCUGUUUCUUAUUAAGAAAUUGCAGUAUUGUAAAGGUGAUUAUUCUUUGUUAGAAAAAUAAAGAUUCUCCUCAUAAAAAACACAAGAAGUUGC